UGUGUUUGUGUAUCCUCAGUGUUUUUCUCUCUUGAGUGUUUUAUUAAACAGAGUCUUGUCUCUGUGUAUUUUAGUGUUGAUGAUGAGAUGGAUGUGAUGCGCUGUAAAUCAGGAACUGAUCAGGACUUACAGGAUGAGGAAUCUACUGAUCAAACCUCCACAGAGUCUCUGGAUUCUGUCUGGAACGCUGGAGAACAGCAGCAGAUCCUGCAGACCAAACUCAACAUGUGUUCAGUCAAACUCAUCGACUGCAAGAACCUCAUGAUGAAGAUCAAAACUGAGCCAACAGAAAUAAAAACUGAACCUACAGCAGAUGAAUAUGAAGAAAAACAUAAUGAUGGUCAAGAUUUUUUUCUCUCAGAUGUGAAGAGUGAUUCAUGUUGUGAAGGAGAAAUAACGUCCUCAACAUCAAAAGAGCGAUGGACAGCACAAACUCAUUUCAGCACCACCGGUGGAGAGACAUUGAGCUCACAGAGACAUUUAGAGGGAAAACACACAGAAGAGAAACUCUUCACCUGCACCAGAUCUGAGAUCAGCUUUAAUACCUUACAAGAGAAGAAACUUCAUUCAGAAGAGCACAGAGAGAAGUCGUCGUCGUUUCACUGUCAGCAGUGUGGGAAGAAUUUUGACUCCUUAUCUUAUCUAAAACUUCACAUGAGGACACACAGUCAUGAAAAGUCUUUCUGCUGCACUGAAUGUGGCAAAUAUUUCCGCAGAAAACAAACUCUUCGUGUUCAUCAGAAAAUUCACACAGGAGAAAAACCAUACGAGUGUCCUCACUGUGAGAAGAGAUUCAACCACAAACCUUAUCUGAAGGCACAUGCGCUUAUACACACCAAUGAGAGACCAUAUCAGUGCAGUGAAUGUGGAAAAACCUUUAGGUAUUCGUGUUCAUUAAAAUUACACCAGAAUAUUCACUCUGAAGUGAAACGCCAUCAAUGUUCACACUGUGAUAAAAGUUUCGGUCAGAAAUCUCAGCUGAAAGCUCAUCAGAGAUCUUACACUGGAAAGAAACCUUACGUCUGUAGUGUUUGUGCCAAGAGUUUUAGUCAACGUUCCAAUUUAGUGAAACACCUGAGAACUCAUACAGGUGAAAAACCUUACAAAUGCUCUCAGUGUGGGAAGAGGUUUGCUCAUUCAGGUAACUUAAAAAUCCAUGAGAGAGUUCACACUGGAGAGAAACCUCAUCACUGUAGUGUUUGUGGGAAGAGUUUUCAUCACCGUGACAAUUUGGUGUCACAUCUGAGAACUCAUACAGGUGAAAAACCUUACAAAUGCUCUCAGUGUGAGAAGACGUUUACUCAGUCAGGUAACUUAAAAGCCCAUGAGAGACUUCAUACUGGAGAGAAACCUUACGUCUGCUCGAUCUGUGGAAAGAGCUUUGCUGGUCUAAGUACUUUUAAAGUUCAUGAGAGACUUCACACUGGAGAGAAGCCUUAUGUCUGCUCUCACUGUGGCAAGAGCUUCUCUGAUCCGUCUCAUUUCAGUGUUCAUCAGAGAGUUCACAUUGGAGAGAAACUUUAUGUCUGCUCGAUCUGUGGAGAGAGAUUCACUAAUGCAGGACCUUUUAAGAGUCAUCAGAAGAAACAUGCUGAAGAACAAACUGAUCUGUAAAGUAGACUUUGUCUCCCUCGAUGAGUUUGCAGCCCUGUGAACAAAGACACAAUAUAUAUAGUGGCAAGGAAAAGUUGAUAGAAGCACUGGAGACCCAAUUAUAGCACUUAAACAUGGAAAUCGGCAAACAUGGAAAACGUCAGAGUUAAAAGUUGCAAUCUUUCACUUUUGCCUCUCUAUCCCUGUGAUGCUCCUGUGAAAUCCAACAGUGCUGUAAAAAUCCAUAUAGCCUUAUAGGUUAAAAAAAGUUCACACAAAUCUAUGGUAUUAAUCAGAACCACACCGAGACAUCAACAAUCAGCUUUGAAACUCAACAAUGGUGACAAUCAACAACAAAGCUUUAUGCUGCAAUGCAUGUUGGGUACAGGGUUGUAUAAAAUUCAUUCAUAACUCCAAGCAUGCAUUGUAACAUGACAAAAUUAUGAUUUUUUUUACCAUUUACUUGCCACCGUUGUUAAGAUUUGUAUGAGAAGUGUUGGGAGACAUCAGCACUUGAAACACUUGUUGUCACAGGACUGAUGCAUUACAGCAGUCUUAAUCAGAACAGUGUCUGCAUAAAGCAUUACA